UCACAGACUGACGUGGUGCGUGAUCGUGUUUCUCCGCGAGUGCCGUGUGUGCGCGCGUCCUUUGCGGUUGUUUCCAGAAGUGACUGGUUGUUUCCGCUGUGGUGGGCCCGACAGAAUGGAGUCUUUAUUACGUAAUGGCGUGGAUCAGCAGACAGGUCGUUCCUCAUAGGUGUGUUUGAUUUAAUGCGUCACCGCACUGACCAAAAAGCAAUGACAUCGAAGUACCGCGAGAGCCAGUCGAAAGGUGAGCUUUCCAUUCGUUCUCGCGGUAGCUCGAUCUGACUGCAAAGUGCUGCAUGAAGCCGAACAGCGAAUACGUCCAAUCACAGAGAUGGGAGGUCUGCUUUAAAGAGAAACAUCUAGUGCAGUAUCGUUUGUGCUUUACACAGUAUUACUUUUGAUCUGCCGCGGUGUUUAUUGGAUUUUGUACAACAACCUUUGCACUAUAACCAGAAUUCACACAAGUACACGCGGUCGGGGUUGUUUGCUCUGUUGACCGUAAUCUACGAGAAGAGUACGCAGAUUGCGUUAUGGGCAUGAGCCAUUGCACCAUCCCUGAGCGUCGGCAGAAGCCUGAGAGGGACGCAAGGGUGUGCACUGGGUUCUAAGAACAAGCAAGUAGGAGAAAUAACCAGACAUCGGAAAGCAACCAGGAACGACGUGAACCAUGUCUUACUAUAACAGAGAACUGGUGGUAUUUUUUAUCAAACACAAACUCUCGCAGAGGAACUACCCCUGCAACCACAUCGGACUCACGGAAGACACAAAUCGGACUGAUGGGGGACAGGCGGCAGAAGAAAAUGGUGAUGGGGCGUCAGGGACGACGACCAUCGUUAAUGGCUCCCUAAAUGGAACGAGUGCUGGGACCCCACCGAGGUCCCCCACUUCAUCCCCCCAACAUCAGACGAACGGAUCUGGGAGUCUGAACGCCGUGAAGGAGGCGCUCCGAGAUUCGGCCAACGAGUUUGAGCUGCGUUAUUCCAGAGCGUUCAAUGAUCUCUCCUCGCAGCUUCACAUCACGCCCGCCACGGCGUACCAGAGCUUCGAGAGCGUGAUGGAUGAGGUGUUUCGCGACGGAGUGAACUGGGGUCGCAUCGUGGGUCUGUUUGCUUUCGGAGGGGCUCUGUGCGUCGAGUGCGUGGAGAAGGAAAUGAGCCCGUUAGUGGGGCGCAUCGCAGAAUGGAUGACAGUCUACCUAGACAACCACAUUCAGCCCUGGAUCCAGAGUCAAGGAGGAUGGGAACGCUUCGCAGAGAUCUUCGGAAAAGAUGCAGCGGCGGAGAGCAGAAAGUCGCAGGAAAACUUCAAGAAGUGGAUCCUUGUGGGAAUGACCUUGUUCACAGGUGUUGUGGUGGGAUCGCUGAUAGCACAGAAACGCCUGUGAGGAAAAGGAUAGCUGAAGAUCCAGCAUCACCCGCUACUUCAUUUAGACAUCGACUUGAUAUGAAGAAAUACUUUUCAUUUCGGAUUCGUUUAUUCUCUUUUAUUGCCAAUACAUUUUAUGUUUACAUCCCACAUCUCCACUUGUACUGCUGACUGAGUGAAGCGGAGAGACGCAUCUGCGAUGUCAAGUCACACAACCCAGACUGCAAGAGGGUACGUGGCUUUUUUAGCAAGAAAGAGAAAGCCACGUCUUAUUGUUUAACAAAAUGAGAAUAAUUACUAAAUUAGUCAAAGUUUGACCAAACAUUUGUUCGUUUUUUUGUCUCUCUUUCUGUAAUUAUUUUAUUUUAAUAAAUAAUUAUUUUCUGCUUUAUUGUCAGUCAAGUAUCCGAAUUAUGCUCUCAUUUUCAGAGAUUGUCAACUAACAAGGAUACAGACAUUUUAUCUGAGUCUAAUUUAAGCUUAUUUGUGAUUCUUUGAAAGUUAGAUGUUAAAUCUGAACUGAAUCUCUGCUGAAGUAUUCAGUCAUUAAAACAGCACUGACAUCUCUGUGAAACGUCGCCUGUUUGAUGUGCAAGAGCUAAACAGAGAAGCCCCCCUGAUCCCUGCACUAAACAUGCAGUGCUUGAAGCUAAUCUGGAGGAGGAUAAAACAUGUCAGUAACCCUUUUUAAUGAUUCUGCUGUUUUUUACAUGCAAAUUUUAAGAGUUAAAUGUGUGUGUACCUUUUGAAAACAUCUGUUUGAGCAUUUUAUCUUUUGAUGGACCAACAGCUUCUUACAAUGUUUUGAUUUUGAGUUCUGUAUGUUUCCGUUCAAUGUUGGAUUAAAUCUGUUUGUUUCAGCUUUGAAUGUGGUAUCACACAUACAACUCAUUGGGGGAUUGUUCUAGCUAGAACCUAGUAGAGACAAGGAUAUGCAAGGAGGGAGACGGUCGCUCCUGUAUUUAUUUUGGCUGCCCUUUCACUGUGUUUGGUGCACAAAUGUAACGCAUUCAGCAGAAAGAAAUUAGAUUAAACCAUAUUGCCACAAGUCUUGAGAAAUGACUAAAUUAGUGCUGGAUUUACUGCUAUCUCUCUCAUCUAUCUAACAGGCAUUUGUAUGUGUUAUAUAAAAAACAUUUGCAGCAGGUAUUUAAGCAAAGUUUUGAAAUGUUUCAAAGUCAAAAUCCCAACCUUAAUUCACAUAGGAGCAUCUAUACUUGAGUUUACAGGGAUAGUUUAAUAAUAGUUUUGUUCGUUGUUACAAACCUAUAUAAAUGUCUUUGUUUCGCUAAACACAUGAGCACCAUUGACUUCCAUAGUAGGAAAACAAAAUAUUAUGGAAGUCAAUGGCGCUCAAACAUGGUUUGGUUAAAAAAAAACAUUGUUCAAAAUGUACUGCGUUGUGUUCGGCAAAAUAAAGAAAUGCAUACAGGUUUGUAAUAUUGUGAGGGUAAUUAAACGAUGACACAAUUUUUAUUUUUGGGUGAACUAUCCCUUUAAGUCAACCCUUAUGUGUUAUAGGCCCAUGAUGUUUUCAACACCCACUUGAAUCAGAUCAGACAACUUCUUGGUUCUGACUUAAAGGGACACUCCACUUUUU